GUUCCUCCCACUUCCGCGGGCACCCAACCAUGCGUCUCCUGCGUGCUGACGUCAGGUGCGUGCCCCUGUCCGGCGGCCGAGGAGACCCCGUGCAGUGCUGCCAACGCCCCGGUGGAGAAGCUGAGGUCAACAUCAGAUUGGAAAUAUUUAAAGUGGAGAUAAAACUAUUUCAGCAAUGCAGACAAUUAAGUGCGUUGUGGUAGGCGAUGGUGCUGUUGGUAAAACAUGUCUCCUGAUAUCCUACACAACGAACAAAUUUCCAUCUGAAUAUGUUCCGACUGUUUUUGACAACUAUGCAGUCACAGUUAUGAUUGGUGGAGAGCCAUAUACUCUUGGACUUUUUGAUACUGCAGGGCAAGAGGAUUAUGACAGAUUACGACCGCUGAGUUAUCCACAAACAGAUGUAUUUCUAGUCUGCUUUUCAGUGGUCUCUCCGUCCUCAUUUGAAAAUGUGAAAGAAAAGUGGGUGCCUGAGAUAACUCAUCAUUGUCCAAAGACUCCUUUCUUGCUUGUUGGGACCCAAAUUGAUCUCAGAGAUGAUCCUUCUACUAUUGAGAAACUUGCCAAGAACAAACAGAAACCUAUCACACCAGAGACUGCUGAAAAGCUGGCCCGUGACCUGAAGGCUGUCAAGUAUGUGGAGUGUUCUGCACUUACACAGAGAGGUCUGAAGAAUGUGUUUGAUGAGGCUAUCCUAGCUGCCCUCGAGCCUCCGGAAACUCAACCCAAAAGGAAGUGCUGUAUAUUCUAAACUGUUUUCUCCUUCCCCUCUUUGCUGCUGCUUCCUGUCCCACUACUGUAGAAAGAUCGUUUAAAUACAAAGGAAUAAAAUCAUCCUGUUUGAAAGCCUCUGCGUCUUUUUACUCACCACCUUAGAGCAACCUCUGUAUUAGUUUUUGAUCAAGAAUGCAAUAUCUUAUAGAAUAUUUUUUGUGAUCAGUAGUCAAGUUGGACCUAUUUAACUUUUUGCUGCUUGAGUUGCCUGAUGCUCAGAGCUUUUUAGUUUGGAUUACUAUUGCAAAAGGGAACUUGAUCUGGCAUUAAGAAUGUCCUCUUGGGGAAAAUAAGAUUUUUAACACUUCUAGAUCUUAGUUCUAGAUGGAGAAAGUAACACAAACAUCAUUUUACUCUUAUGAUCAAUUGUUAAUUGUAAUUGCAUGAUAAACUUUAUGGGAGAACGGCGACCUGCUAGUAGAGUGUAAUGGGGAAGGGAGAAUUCUUUUCUGGUUUUCCUUGUGCAGUGACCUUUGUGUUGCUAUUGCUUUGGCUGUCUGUGCUAUAGUGGAGUAUUUGUCAGUCUGGGGGUGGGGAAGAUAUUGAUGUAUCUGCUACUGCUUUCUGAGUUUGUUACACUAUCUUUUAAGAAUAGUACCCAUUUUAACAGUUGACUUAAGGUUUGUUAAUGUUGAGAUGUAAAGUUGCCACCUUUAUAUUUUCCUGCUUCUGAUUUUAUUGUUGUGAGGGAAACAUACAAUUGUGGUUGCCUUCAAAUUUUGAAAUUAAAAAUAUACAAUUGUUUGUAUAAA